AUGCGUUUGUUCCAACCCGGGCUCCUCUGGGCCUCUUUCGUUCUGACGGCGACCGCCCAGACUCCCGGACCAAGCUUUCCCGGGUGCGCAAAGACUUCGACGACUCUCCACCCCGGCUUCGAAGUGCUGUAUUUCUACGUGGAGUCCACCAGCAUCGAGCUCGACGACCCGACCGUCUACUUUUCUCUCAGGAACAUCGCAGAUAGGUCUAUCAGCACCUGCAUCCUCAGUAAAACGGUCACCGAUGACGACAUCUACAUUACCGAGAACGAUGGCAACUGCUUCACGUCCUGGACGGACGACGAGAAGACGGCCGAGGAGGCUCCGGGAGUCAAGAUUAAGCUUGACUGGGUGCUUGGAGUUUGGAGUAUCGAGCAGACAUGGCAAUGCGACGAGGCUGAUGGAAUCGAAGCGAGACAAUACACUGGGAAGGCAGAAACCCAGUUUGCGCUAGCCUGCGCACUCUUAGACGUACGUCAGAUAAUAUGCCAGAUCCAAACGGCCACUCCGCCCAACGAGCCUCUCUACGUGGGGCCCGCUAAUGUGACGGGACAUGGGUCUUCGGACGACACCGACAUUGCAUUUGAACCGGUCAGGGAUGAUAGCUGCGAGUCCACGGCCAAGGACUUCACCGGAUGGCAGAUUCUGAGGAUGGAAUAUCUCCCCCCCACAGCGCGAAACUCCAGUUUGUAUCCUACCAGCUACAUCUCCCUCGAGAUCCAGAACCUGGGAGACGGCUCCAUUACAGAUUGCUAUUUCGAGACCAACAAAACCAUCGAAGAAGGAGAGGCCUUCGUACUCACAGAUAACGGGCGCUAUGGCUGCGACACCGGACAUAUUGAGCUCGCCAAGAAUACCGGCGUCCGACCCCCGAUACGGAGGCCGGGGCAAGGGCUUCGGCCGUUUCAACCUAGGGCUGAGCAGUGGCUGUGGUCCACUACGGCUAACGUCACCUUCGACACCAAGUCUCAAGAGCUGUCGGUUGAGCAGUUCUGGUCUUGCGAUGGGGAGAAGGACGUGUACUAUGCCGCCGCUGUCCAGAAGCUGGAUUUUGAGUGUGUGGAGCUCUUGGAUGACCUUACUCCAACUGAAUGCAGGCCCAUGGAUGCCCUUUAUAAUGCCAAUGGGCCGCCUAUCAUCAUUAGUGCCGAAGCUCAAGAUGUUCGUGAGGAGAAGGCAGCUCCAGUGGAAGAAGAAGCUCCAGUGGAAGAAGAAGCUCCAGUGGAAGAAGAGGCUCCAGUGGAAGAGGAGCCUCCAGUGGAAGAGGAGAGGGGAAAGUGCAGGAAGGCCAAGUAG